AUUGAUAAUAAUGGCUCCUCCUGCGGGGCGCCUGAAAAGCGUAGAGGAUGGGUGACUUAAUGUCCCAAUAUCAAACUAAUGGGACGAACAGGAUACACGCCAAUAACAGUCGCGAUAGUGGACCGACGGGGUGUUUUACGGCGUUUCAUCUCCCUCACACCACAUGGGGACUCACGGUGCACUCCGAAUCAGUCGGUUGCUCCGGCCUCGAGAGGGGAAUGCCAAUGCUGGUUCUGAUGGAUCAUUAUCAGAUGGUGUGCCACUGUUUGACUCCUGCUUUAUCUCCGGCUUAAUUAAUCGUUAUUAUUGCUGCUCCCGCUUGAAUCAUGAACGCUGGCUGCGAUCAACCUAUAUAACCUCCCCGUCCGGCAGCUCUGUCCAUUCCUCCAUCAUCCUUCCAUUCUUUUCUUUUUUCAUUCAUUCCUUCUUUCUUUCUUUGUAUUUUUGUCUUGUCUUUCUUUCACCAUGAAGUAUACCGCCCUCCUCGCUGCCAUUGCCAGCACCGCCGCUGCUGCUGUCAGCGUCUCUGGCACUGCUGAAGGUUUCGCCAGCAGCGUCACUGGUGGUGGUGAUGCCACUGCCGUCUACCCCUCCACCACGGAUGAGCUGGUCUCAUACCUUGGAGACGACGAAGCGCGAGUGAUUGUUCUCUCCAAGACCUUCGACUUCACCGAAACCGAAGGUACCACCACUGGCACUGGCUGUGCUCCCUGGGGAACUGCCUCGGCCUGCCAGGUCGCCAUCGACUCCAACAAAUGGUGUGAAAACUACGAGUCUGACGCCCCCUCUGUUUCGGUCUCAUACGACAACGCCGGUACUCUCGGUAUCACCGUCGCCUCCGACAAGACCAUCCUCGGUGAGGGCUCCAAGGGUGUCAUCAAGGGCAAGGGUCUCCGUAUCGUCAGCGGUGCCUCCAACAUCAUCAUCCAGAACAUCGCCGUCACCGACAUCAACCCCAAGUACGUCUGGGGUGGUGAUGCCAUUACCGUGAACGACGCCGACCUUGUGUGGAUCGACCACGUCACCACUGCCCGUAUCGGCCGUCAGCACAUCGUCCUCGGAACCGAAGCCGACAACCGCGUCAGCAUCACCAACAACUACAUCAACGGUGAAUCCGACUACUCGGCCACCUGUGACGGCUACCACUACUGGGGUAUCUACCUUGAUGGAUCCAGCGACAAGGUCACCCUCAAGGGUAACUACAUCUACCACACCAGCGGCCGUAGCCCCAAGGUCCAGGGCAACACUUACUUGCACGCUGUCAACAACUACUGGUACGACAACACUGGCCACGCCUUCGAGAUCGGUGAGGGUGCCUACGUUCUCGCCGAAGGAAACGUCUUCCAGGAUGUCACCACCCCCGCCGAGUCCCCCAUCGACGGUGAGGUCUUCACUGUUCCCAGCACCACCUCCGCUGAGCAGUGCUCUUCCUACAUCGGCCGUAACUGCGAGGUUAACGGAUUCGGUAACUCUGGCACCUUCAGCCAGUCUGACACCGGUGUCCUCUCCAAGUUCAAGGGUGAGACCGUGGCUUCUGCCUCUGCUUACUCUUCCGUUGCCUCCAGUGUCUCUAGCAACGCUGGUCAGGGCCACUUGUAAGCUCACAGCUUGCAGAAUCAGCCAACUGUCGAAGUGAUGUGGAGGUCAAAGAGAAAAGGGGUCGAGGUGAUUGAUAAUUAACUUUCGUGUAUUUAAUUAUAUUUAGACCUACAAUUAAAUCCAUUUGGGUGGAUCUACUAUUAUUGAACAUGAUAUCCGUGCCG